AUGUCGAAAUUUGAACCAGAGCAGUUUAUGGCCAACCCCGAUUCGGGCGUGUUUGAAAAAUUAAAAAAGGAUGACCUAAUGGCGUUAGGAAAGCACUUAAGUUUAGAUGUUAGAACAGCAAUGAAAGUAGAAGAGGUUCGUAGUGUAGUAAGCCAACAUCUUGUUAAAGAGGGUGUCCUUAACGAGCCUGUCUUCCUAACUCCCGCCUCCUCAAGUGAUGGGCCGGACCUCUCGGAAAAGUAUAAAUACGAAUUUGAGCUUAAAAAACUUGAAUUUGAGCGUGAAGAGAGAGAACGAGAGCGAGAGCGUGAGCGUCAGCGUGACGAGCGUGAGGAAAGGGAAAGAGAGAAAGCUCGAGAGUUAGAAUUGCGUAGGCUAGAGUUAGAGCAUGCUUUAGAGCUCAAGAAAUUAGAGUUAGCGGGGGGUUCAGUAGAAGGUCAUCCAGGCACGAGUCGUUCCUCAUCAUUCGACAUAACUAAGCACAUUCGACUCGUUCCGCCAUUCCAAGAACAGGACGUAGAUAAAUAUUUUUUACAUUUCGAAAAAGUAGCAGAAAAUUUGAAAUGGCCAAAAGAACACUGGGCCUUAUUAAUACAGUGUGUUUUGACGGGAAAAGCUCAGGAAAUUUACACCCAGUUGUCCCUAGAGCAGGCAUCAAAUUAUGAUACGGUUAAAGAGGUGAUCUUGAAGGGUUAUGAGUUGGUCCCCGAAGCAUAUC